AUGGCAUGCAAGAUUAAAACAUGGUGUGCCAUACUUGUCCUACUCAAGUUGGUGUCACAAUUGCGAAACUCUGCUUCUGCAACUCCACAGGUGCCAUGUUUUUUCAUCUUCGGAGACUCAUUGGUCGACAAUGGCAACAACAACAACCUUGCAACCGCUGCUAAAGCCAAUUACCGCCCGUUUGGGAUUGACUUCUCCAACGAAACCACCACCGGAAGGUUCACUAAUGGCCGGACCACGGUGGACAUAAUUGGUGAACUUUUGGGGUUGGACAAAUUGAUUCCAUCAUUUGCAAAUGCCAGAGGCAGGGACGUACUAAUUGGUGUGAAUUAUGCAUCUGGGGCUGCAGGCAUUCGUGAUGAGACUGGAAGGCAACUGGUACCAAAUUAUUCUGACUCCAUUUAUGCUUCUUUCUUCUUCUUCUUCUUCUUCUUCUUCUUCUUCUUGUGUCCUGCUUGCACUAUACUGCAAAUGGAGAAAUAA